UCUUGUCAUGACGACCCAAUUUGACCGUAUAUUUCAUGGGCUCUCACCGUUAGUGGGCAAAUUCCGCGUCGCGGCUAGCGGAAUGGCGUGGAGAGCUGAGGAGUCAGACGCUGUCAUCGCAAUCGCCUCGAAAGACAUCAAAUGGGCGCAAUGGCUACGCGUCGCUCGCGGCUUUCAACUGCGAGUGGGCCUGAAAGACAGGCGGAAAGAGACGUUUGAUGGGUUUGGACGUGAGGAUCAUGACAAAGUGGCGAGUUUGCUGAAGCAGCACUUCGGCGUAACUCUUGAGCAGCAGGAAGUUCUCUUCAAGGGUUGGAAUUGGGGUAUCACUGAUUUCAGAGGUGAAGACCUUGCCUUCCUCGUCUCGAACAAGACUGCCUUCGAGCUCCAACUCCAGCAUGUAGCAAACUCCAACAUUGCUGGUCGCACAGAAGUCUCGCUCGAGUUUGCCUCAUCUGCCGGCGAAGCUUCAUCGUCCAAAAAACCGUCAAAAAGUGCCCCCGAUGAAAUGGUUGAGAUUCGUUUCUUUGUACCCGGCACGACCAGCACCCGCCAGCGUACUGGGUCCGACGCGGGCUCGCAGAAGAGUGACGCUGAAGACGAGGAUGGUGAGGAGGUCAGUGCGGCGCAGGUGUUCCAUGACGCCAUCAAAGAGAAAGCUGGAAGUGAGCUGGCGACGGGAGAGAAGAUCUUGAGCUUCGAAGAGGUGUUGGUAUUGACUCCUCGUGGGCGAUACGAUGUCGACAUGUUCCCCGACUUCCUCAGGCUCAGAGGAAAAACAUAUGACUACAAAAUCGUCUACACUAGCAUCUCGAAAUUGUUCUUGUUGCCCAAGGAUGAUCUCCACGUGCUAUUCAUUUUGAGCUUGCUUACUCCCAUCCGACAAGGCCAGACGCGGUAUCAAUACCUGGUCAUGCAGUUCAGUAGGGAAGAGGAGAUCACGGCUGAAUUGAACAUGACUGACGAGGAGAUUGCUAAGCACGACCGGCUCAAAAAGGAUUAUGAAGAUCCCACCUUCGAAGUCGUUUCAAGUGUAUUUCGUGCUCUCUCAGGCAAGAAGAUCACUAGCACAGGAAGUUUCCAGAGUCGCACGGGCCACCCGGGUAUCAAAGCCAACCUCAAAGCCGUUCAAGGCGACCUCUUCCUCCUGGAAAAAUCCAUAUUCUUCGUCUCCAAACAACCCGUUCUUGUCGAACUCUCCGACGUCCACCAAGCCGUCUUCUCCCGUGUCGGUGGCGCUGGCUUGGGUGCCUCUGCCGCACGAACUUUCGAUCUCAAGAUCGUGACCAAAUCAGGCCCAGAGUAUACCUUCACGUCACUGAACAAGGAGGAGCACGAGCCCGUGGACGCGUUCUUAAAGGAGAAGAAAGUCAGGGUGAAGAAUGAGAUGAUGCCGGACGGCGAUCUACUGAUGGCUGGUGCGGACGACGAUUCGGACGAGGAGAUGCAGAGUGUGGCGAGCGAUGAAAGGGAGCAGCCGAACGUGAGGAGGACCGGGGACGACGAUAGCGACAGUGAAGAUGAUGAAGACUUCGAGGCUUCUUCAACUGACGCAGGUUCCCCCACCGACACUGACUCCGACUCUGAUGGCGGAGGUACCGCUUCCGAUGCCAGCGGGGACCGUCAGCUUACGAAGCCGAAGGGCAAAGGCAAAGGCAAGGCUAAGGAGGGUGCGCCUACCAAGAAGAAGGCCCCAGCGAAGAAGAAGGGUUCCGACGACGAAGACGAUGAGGAGGAGGAUAAACCGAAGAAAGCUGCAGCGAAGCCCAAGCCUAAGCCGAAGGCCAAGAAGCAGGACAGCGAUGGUGAGGACGAUGCGAUGGACGUAGACGAGGAUAAGCCUAAGCCAAAAGCCAAACCGAAGCCGAAGCCUGCAGCUAAGCCAAAGGUGCGAGCCGGAGAGGAGGAGGAGCCAAAGAAGAAGAAGCUGAAGACGGACGGUUGAGUGGCGUGUUUCUGGCUUGUCGAUGUUGAUCCACCUCUCUUUGUUGCGCAUUAUGUUCAAGUACUCCUUUUGUCACCUUUGACCAUCUACGAUGUAUUAUCUUUUGUCUUGCCAUCUUGGCCAGCUUUCUAUGUAGUCUCCAUUGAACACCUCCUGAGAAGCGC